AUGCGCAAAAUUUAACCCCUCGACACCUUACGGUUGCCUCCUUGCUUAGCUCUGUCGCUUAGCUUUGUGGACACGAAAUGGACUUUUUCGGAACGUACACAACCUUGCUGAUUAUAUCCCUAUGUAGUAUACUGCUCUUCAUUCGUUCUUCCGCGGCAGAAGAGCCUUCGGACGGGGCAGAGUCGACGGGACCGCUGCUCCAGACGAUCGAGGGGAAAGUGACGAUAGACGGGACCAAUACCGAGAAAUGGUUGACGACUACGUUCGUGUCCGUGGACGGUGGGCGAUAUCACGGCUUCCUGAAGGCCAACGGAGAGUUUGAAAUCCACGGAGUGAUGCCUGGGUCUUACCUGGUCGAGGUGGUGGCAGACAACUAUGUGUUCGAGCCACAAAGAGUGGACAUUAGCAGCAAGUCGGGCCGAGUGCGAGCACGGAAGGCAAACUUUUUGAACUCAAAGACGAUCGAUCACCUCCCAUACCCCCUUAAGUUCAGGACCGGGAAACAAGCAGAGUUUUUUGAGAAGCGAGAGCCAUGGAGCAUCGUUAGUACACUCAAGAACCCUAUGGUGCUCCUGCUAGUGGCUCCUAUGAUUCUGAUGCUUAUCAUCCCGCGGCUGAUGAAGGGAAUGGACCCCGAGGACAAGAAGGAGAUGCAAGAGAAGAUGACCAUGCUGACACCGGGCCAGACUGGAGGCAUGCCCAGCAUUGAGGAGUAUCUCACCAACUUCUUCGGAGGAGGUUCUACUGCUGCGACUAGUCUCAGCAAGAAAUCCACUUCUGGGACUCGGAAGGGGAAAUCUCGUUAGCCCCUAUCGUUAGGAGACUUAAUAGCCUGUCUAUUUAUGAAUGUACACGCACAGCAACAAUCAUGUAUUAGAAACAAAGCACUGAUUUAAAAGCGGCACGGUUUCAGAUGUAAUGCAGUUCGUACAUUGAGAACUGUUAGGGGAAUUUCAGUCCUGGAAACAAGCUGUAAAUCAAUGAGACGUUGGCAAUAAUGGAACGA